AUGGAUCCGCAUCUCGACCCCACCACCGCCCUGGUCAACCCAGACACGGACAAGAAUGCCAGCCCAAUGGAGGUAGAAGAGCCCGUCUCGGUGCACGACGCAAAGGCCUUCGCCGAGAAGCACCUGGCCGACCUCGGCCAGGAAGAGGCCGACUUCGCCGUCUGCACCUGGAAGAUCAAGGGCUGGCGCACGCUCGACAAGCGCAUCACCGGCCCCGAGUUCGAGUGCGGCGGUCACCGCUGGCGAAUCCUCCUCUUCCCCUUCGGCAACUCCAACGGUCAGCCCAACGACAUGGUCUCCGUCUACCUCGACUACGCCGAUCCCAAAGGCUCGCCCGAGGGCUGGCACGUCUGCGCACAGUUUGCCCUCGUCAUCUCAAAUCCACACGACCCCACCAUCUUCUCCACAAGCCAGGCACACCACCGCUUCACCGCAGAGGAGAUGGACUGGGGCUUCACCCGCUUCAACGAGCUUCGCAAACUCGCCGUCCCCACCGACGGACGCAGCCGCCCCAUCAUCGAGAACGACUGCGCCGACGUCACCGCCUAUGUCCGCGUCCUCAAGGACCCCACCGGCGUCCUCUGGCACAACUUUAUCAACUACGACAGCAAGAAGGAAACCGGCUACGUCGGCCUCAAAAAUCAGGGCGCCACCUGCUACAUGAACUCGCUCCUCCAGUCGCUCUUCUGCACACACUACUUCCGCAAGGCCGUCUAUCAAAUACCCACCGAGGGCGAUGUGCCGUCCGAGAGCGUGGCCCUCGCGCUCCAACGCGUCUUCUACCUCCUCCAAACCUCGGAUCAGCCCGUCGGCACCAACGAGCUCACAAAGUCGUUCGGCUGGAAGUCGCUCGACAGCUUCCUCCAGCACGACGUCCAGGAGUUCAACCGCGUCCUCCAGGAGAAGCUCGAGUCCAAGAUGAAGGGCACCGCCGCCGACGGCGCCAUCACUCGCCUCUUUGUCGGCAAGAUGAAGUCCUACCUCAGGUGUGUCAACGUCGACUACGAGUCUUCGCGAUCCGAAGACUUCUACGACAUCCAGCUCAACGUCAAGGGCAUGGACAACCUCGCAGACUCCUUCCGCGACUACGUCCAGACCGAGAUGCUCGAGGGCGACAACAAGUACCACGCCGAGGGCUACGGCCUCCAAGACGCAAAGAAGGGCGUCAUCUUUGAAAAGUUCCCGCCCGUCCUCCACCUCCAGCUCAAGCGCUUCGAGUACGACAUCGAAAAGGACUCGAUGGUCAAGAUCAACGACCGACACGAGUUCCCGCUCGACAUCGACCUCGCCGACUACAUCGACAAGGAGUCGCCCGUCAGCAACGAGGACUGGAAGUACCGCCUCCACGGCGUCCUCGUCCACUCGGGCGACCUCCACGGCGGCCACUACUUUGCGCUCCUCAAGCCCGAGAAGGACAGCAACUGGUUCAAGUUUGACGACGACCGCGUCACGCCCGUCACCGAGAAGGAGGUGCUCGAGGACAACUACGGCGGCGAGAUCCCCAACGGCCACCCCGCCGGCCAGAUUGGCGCGCGUGCGCCCGUCCGUGCCAUGAAGCGCUUCACCAACGCCUACAUGCUGGUCUACGUGCGCGAGCGCGACAUUGACGAGGUGCUCAAGCCCAUGGCUCCCGAAGACACGCCCGUCCACCUGCGCCAGCGCCUCGAGGACGAGCGUCUCCAGAUGGAGGCGCGCAAGCGCGAGCGCGAGGAGCAGCACCUCUACCUCACCGUCAAGCUCAUCACCGAAGACACCUUCCGCGGUCACCAGGGCUUCGACCUCGCCACUUUUGAGGAGCGUAAUCUGCCAGCGACCGACCUGCCGACGUUCCGCGUGCUCAAGAACGAGCUCUACCUCAACUUCAAGUCGCGCAUCGCUGCGCAGUACAACCUGCCCGAGGACCUCAUCCGCAUGUGGGUGCUCGUCAACCGCCAGAACAAGACGGUGCGACCGGACACCGUGGUGCCCGAGAACGACCCCAACCUCACGCUCGAGACGGUGCGCGAUCGCAUGGCGUCGCGCCAGCACGACCUGCGCCUCUUCCUCGAGGUCAUCAACAACGACAUCCCCAACAACGAGGCGAAUCCGUCCAUGAUGAUCUUCCUCAAGUACUUUGACACCUCGAGGCAGACGCUGCUCGGCGUUUCGCGCGUCUACGUCCAGCGACACAUGAAGGUGGGCGACCUGGCACCCACCAUCAACGAGCUCAUGCGCUGGCCACCAACCACGCAGGUCAAGCUGUUUGAGGAGAUCAAGCCGGGCAUGAUCGAGCAGAUGAAGCCCAAGGCGACGUUUGCCCAGAGCGAGAUCCAGGACGGCGAUGUGAUCUGCUUCCAGAUCGAGCUCUCGGAGAAGGACGCGCACGACUACGAGUCGCAGUCGCUCUACUCGAAUCCCAUCCAGUUCUACGACUUUUUGCAGAACCAGAUCAAGGUGCUCUUCAAGCCGCGCUUCGAGGACGUCGAGUACAAGGCCGAGUUCGAGCUCACGCUGAGCAAGAAGAUGACCUACGACAUGAUGGCCGCCAAGGCGGGCGAGCGUCUCAAGCACGACCCGUUCAAGCUGCGCUUCACCACGGGCAACGGGCCCAACGGCACGCCCAAGACGGUGCUCAAGCGCACCGCCAACCAGACGGUCAACGAGAUCGUCUCGCCGAGCUACAUCCAGGGCCAGGCGUCGCUGCUGUACUACGAGCUGCUCGACGUGAGCAUCAUCGAGCUCGAGACCAAGCGCAGCCUCAAGAUCAUCUGGACGGGCGCCAACAACAAGGAGGAGUCGGUGCACUCGUUCCUGCUGCCCAAGACGGCGACGAUCGUCGAGGUGACGGACCACCUGGCCAAGCUGGUCAAGCUCGACCCCAACGGCAGCCAGAAGGUGCGGCUCUUCGAGGCGGUACUCAACGGCCGCCAGCAGCGCGAGUUCAACGGCGUCGAGAUGAUCGGCAACAUUGGCGAGAACGCGGAGCUGUUUGCGGAGGAGGUGUCGCUGGACGAGCUCAACCUCACCGAGGACGACAAGGUGAUCAACGCCUUCCACUUUAGCAAGGAGCUGGUGCGCACGCACGGCGUGCCGUUCCGGUUUGUCGUCAAGCGCAACGAGCCGUUCCACGAGACGAGGCGGCGUCUGCAGGAGCGUCUCGAGGUGCCGGAGAAGGAGUUUGCAAAGUACCGCUUCGCGCUCGUGCAGUCGUCGACGUACAAGCAGCCGACGUACCUCGAGGACGACGACCUGCUGUACGAGCACAAGUUCCAGCCCGACGAUGCGCUCGGCCUCGACCACCUCGACCGUUCCGGUCGCGCAGGCCGCUUCGGCAACAAUGUCGUCCAGGACAAGGGCAUCCGCAUCCGCAGCUGA